UACACUCACCAUGGUAAGUUCUCUUUUUUGCGUUGAGUAUGGUUCGCUUUUUGUCUGAGCCAGUCAAAUCGCCAUUCCGAUUAUAUCACCAAACGCAGGCUUUGAUUCUGAAGCGCAUCAAAUGAUUAACCCUAAUGCCUUGUAGUCCGGUGCCAGUCCCUCAACACUACCACCAACCCAACCGCUCUCCAUCCGGCUAAUGUACACAUCUGCUCUGGUCAUCCAAACCGGCGACGCAUUCGUUUUCUUCACUCUUUCUCCGGUCUUCUUUCCAGAAGCAGCCCGCGCUGACCUAGCAAUCUCGCCAGCUGGCCGCUUUUUCACGCGCUGUACGGGGACUGUUCUUUUUCCGUUUGUGCUUCUUGGAUAUUUACUUCGGCAUCAUCAUAUCAGGCGCACAGAAGUGGGACGCGCUUUGGGUGCUUGUUUCACACUUUAUCAUGCAGGUUGUCUGGCGAUGUAUUCCUGGAGUCGGUUGGUGGAAGGUGAAUAUGGGUUGGAAUGGGCCUUUGCUCCCGUCGUAGGGGUGCAUACUGCGUGGGCUGUUUGGGGGUUGUAUGGUUUGUUGGCCGCUUGAUGGGGAAAACGCAGUCUGACGUGUCCGUAUUUUGUAUCUGGACACCUUGGUAUUGAUACUUGAUAGGAUCUGA